UCCUGUUGAAGAGAGAGAGAGGAGUCACAGUCAUGGCCGAGCGAAGGAGCGCUGACUCCUCCGAACUCCUGCAGGAGUCUGACUGUGUCUGACUCUGGUCCAGAGGAGGAGAGGAGGAGGAGCAGGAGGAACAGGAGGAGCAGGAGGCAGGAGGAGCAGGAGGAGCAGGGGUCCAUCAUGGCCGAGCCGCUGCUGAAGAGAACUUUCUCCAGGCUGAGAGGCAGAGACCGAUCCCGCAGGAAGACCGACCCCAAACUGAGCGGUGAGACAAAACCGAGCCGUCAGUGUGUGUGUGUGUGUGUGUGUGUGUGUGUGUGUGUGUGUGUGUGUGUGUGUGUGUAUGUGUGUGUGUGUGAGACUGAUCAGAGACUCUCGGAAACUUUUUGUCAGUUUUUUCUCAGAUUUCAGGCGAAAAAUCUGCUUCAGAUUCUCUCAGUGAAACUUUGUUCUCCUUCAAGUUCUCUGAUGUUCUCUGUUACUGUGUGUUUAAGAGUGUGUGUGUGUGUGUGUGUGUGUGUGAAGGGCUCUGGGCUGUUCCUGGGGUUCCUGGGGAACACUGAGAACAGGAUCUGUUGGGAACACCGAGGCUCAAAAACAGUCGGACCGUUUAAACGUGUCCGCGUGAGACUGAAUUAUCAUGACGCUGUCCUCACUGUGAGACACCAGUCUGUCCUCACUGUGAGACACCAGACUGUCCUCACUUUGAGACAGACUGUCCUCACUGUGAGACACUAGACUGUCCUCACUGUGAGACAGACUGUCCUCACUGUGAGACACUAGACUGUCCUCACUGUGAGACACCAGACUGUCCUCACUGUGAGACACCAGACUGUCCUCACUGUGAGACACCAGUCUGUCCUCACUGUCAGACACCAGACUGUCCUCACUGUGAGACACCAGACUGUCCUCACUGUGAGACACCAGUCUGUCCUCACUGUGAGACACCAGUCCGUCCAUAACCUGAGGACAUGUGUGUUUGUGGACAGUGAUAAACUUUAACAGGAAAUAAAAACACGAGAGUGAAUGUCGGAGGAAACCGUCAGUCAGGUUAUUAUCAUGAUUAUAUUUAUUAUCAUCAUCAUCAAUAGUAUUAUUAUUGUUGUCAUCAUGAUCAAUGUUAUCAUCAUCAUACACAUUAUCAUUAUCAUCUCCAUCAUUGUCUUCAAUAUCGUCAUCUUCAUCAUUAUGAAUAUCAUCAUCAUCAUCAUUAUAUCACCAUUAUAAUCAUCACUAUUACCAUCCUCCUCAUCAUUAUGAAUAUUAUCAUCAUUGUCAUUAAGGCCCUUUAUUCUAAUUAUAGUUGCUUGGUUUCAUUUUUUAAACUCAUCAUCUUCAUCAUUAAUCUGACCAUCCUCUUCCUCACUGACGAGCUGAUCUCUCAGCGUCUCGUUAGUUUACAGCUUUGAUUCUAAGUUUGUAUCAGUGACACACAUCUGGUUUCAUUUUGAGCUUCCUGACAAACGCAGUCAGCUGACCAUUUCCUGUCAUUAGACCUGUGUGUGUGUGUGUGUGUGUGUGUGUGUGUGUGUCUGUGUGUGUGUGUGUCAGUUAGUGUGUGUGUCUGUUAGUUUACUUGUGUCUUCCUGUUUAUCUGUGUGUGUGUGUUUGUGUGUUUAUUACAGUAAGUUAAAAUGUUUCAAGAUUUCAGAUAAAACCAGAGACUGUGUGUGUGUUUGUGUGUGUGUGUGUGUGUUUGUGUGUGUGUGUGUGUGUGUGUGUGUGUGUGUGUGUGUGUGUGUGUGUGUGUGUGUAAAGAUGCAGUUUAAAUUGUAAAUCUGAUCUGAUCACAGAGUCAGACAGAAACACAAACGUACCAUCCAACAUGUGUGAGUCUCACACACACACACACACACACACACACACACACACACACACACACAGUAACAAUGCCAUCUUUGACUGUGUGUUAGUGUGUGUGUUAGUGUGUGUGUGUGUGUUAGUGUGUGUGUGUUGUAAUGAAUAGUGAAUAGACAGCAGUGUGUGUGUUGAGUCUUAAACACAGAGAGCUCAUUCACACACACACACACACACACACACACACACACACACACACACACACACAGCUGUUUAUUUACCCCCCCCCAGCUGAAAUGGAAAACAGCUGCUCCUGAUUGGCUUACACACACACACACACACACUGAGUCACGUACAGUCCUCUUUCAGGUCCUCAUGUCAGUGGAGUCUCUUCUCAUGGACAGGAUCAGGCCCCUCCCCCUGUCUGUUGAUUGGUCAGUUUGGAGCAUCCUGAUUGGUCUCCUGUUGAGGACCUACAAAGUUCUGUCUCUGCGGGUUUUGGACCUCAGGGGGGGGGGGGGGCAGCGGUCUGCGCAUGCGUCCCCCUUUUUGGACGGACCAGAUUCUGUUCUAGCUUCUUUGUCAAAAUGUCUGUUCUGCCUCAACUUCCUGUUUGUGCGAAAAUAACUGGACAAAACUGGACAAAACUGGACAAAACUGGACAAAACUGGAUUAAACUGGACCAAACUGGACUAAACUGGACUGA